AUGGAGGCUCAGGAGCAGACCACAGACUCACGGCUCCAAGACCAGACUCAGACCCAGGAUCAAUCUCAGUGUGACCAUGAAGACCCUCUCGUCUCCAAAGUGGGAUUCCUGGAGACCAGACUGAGCCGUGUGUCCGUCUCCAACUCUGAGCUGUGCACGAUGCUUCUGCAGAGUGAAGAGGAGAGACUCAGGCUGUCCAAGGAACUGGUGAAGGAGAAACUGCAGAGCAACAACAGGAUGGACACGUUUGAAGAAGAAUUAUUACAUCUGAAUGAAAAGCUGCUGACCCAGAGCAGUGCGAUGGUGCAGCUGCAGGCUGAGAGGGACGCCCUCCGCAGGCAGCUGGAGGAACAGCGGCACAGAGGCCAGGCCACCUCCCAGGACCUGCACCAGGACCUGGACCAUGUGCGGACCCUGGUCACCCACAUGGUCCAAAACACAGUCAAGCCUGAGGAUUUGGCCGCUCUGGACAAGGUUCAGAAGACUCUGGGAGAGAACCUUCUGGUUAACCAAGACGAAAUGAAAAGUAUGAUCGAAAACCUGAGGAGAGCCCAAGAGGAGCAGCAGAAGCAGAGGCAGAGGACGGAGAAGAAAGUUCUGGCCCUGGAUACAGAGAACCAGCUGGAAGUCGUCAGUAAACAGAAAAAAUUGAUUCAACAAAAAGAGACCACGCCCUUUUCCCAGCGCCAGACUCGAGAGCUGGAACAGGAGAACUCUGAGCUGCAACUCGAGCUGAAAGAACUCAACGAGGAAUACAGAGCCCGACUCAACUGCUACAUCCAAGACCUGGCUGAGUACAUGGACGGUUUAGAAGAGUCCAAGAAGUCUCCAAACCCCGGUCAGAUGCAGCUGUAUGUGGAGCGGAUGCUCAGGGACAUCAGGUCUUCGUUCCGAUGCAGAGAGCAGCAGUUGGCGUCAGCGGCUCGAGUUUAUAAGAAGAGACUGCAGACGCUCUCUCAGACGCACCACGCUCUGAUCAUCGCUUACAGAAACCAGAGGGAGGAGAUUUUAGCCAAACCAGAGUCAGGUCUGAAAGCCGGGCCUCCAGAGAGCAGCUUCGAUCUGGAUCCGAGCGAAUUAACGGGCGAAAUGGGCAAAGAACUCCAACAACUUCGCAAGGAUAAAGCCCGACUGGAUCUGCAGCUUCAGACGACCAUGGCACAGAUGGCCACGCUCCGAAUCCCAACGCAGGCCCCUCCAGAGGCGCCACAGAAAUGCGGAGAAUCCUGGAGCGACAUCAGGACGCAGCUGACGGACAUGACGGAGACGGCGCUGAGGCGCUUCGAGAAGGAGCGGGUUCUGCUCCUGACCAGGGCGGCUGCGGCUGAAGCACAAGUCUCAGAGAUGCAGGAGUUCAUUGACAAACAGCAGCACAGGUACAACAAGGAGGCAUUCGUCCUCAGCAACGACCAAGUGAAACCAUCCACGAGCACAAACUGA